AGCACGCAGAUAUACUGAGUUAUUUACUCUGCAUGAAUGCAUGUGCAGUCCUGACGAGAGAGAGAGAGAGAGAGCGCAAGUGGGGACUUGUAGAGAGAGAAACAGCAAUGGCUUCCUUCUCCUUGCUCUUAAUCACCGCCCUCUUGCUCGCCGUCAGCUCUGCCGUGGAGUCCUGCCCGCCGGCAGACCGGGCGGCUUUGCUGGCAUUCAAAGCCGCCCUGCAUGAACCCUACUUGGGCAUCUUCAACUCCUGGACGGGCGCCGACUGUUGCCAUAACUGGUAUGGCGUCAGCUGCGACCCCACCACCCGCCGCGUCGCCGACAUCAACCUCCGCGGCGAGUCGGAGGACCCCAUCUUCCAGAAGGCCCACCGGACUGGCUUCAUGACCGGCUUCAUAUCUCCCGCCAUCUGCAGGCUCAGCCGCCUCUCCAGCAUCACCAUCGCCGAUUGGAAGGGCAUCUCCGGCCCCAUCCCACCCUGCAUUUCCAAACUUCCGUUUCUCCGGAUCCUCGACCUGAUCGGAAACAAGAUCUCCGGCGAAAUCCCCACUGAAAUUGGCAGGCUGAGUCGACUCUCCGUGUUGAACGUCGCCGACAACAACAUCGGCGGCACCAUACCCCGAUCCGUAACCAAUCUAUCGUCGUUGAUGCACUUGGACCUCCGGAACAAUCGGCUCUCCGGUACCAUUCCACGUAACAUCGGCAAGCUCCGAAUGCUGAGCCGGGCCUUACUGAGUCGGAACCGACUCACCGGGUCGAUCCCCAUCUCCAUCUCUUACAUAUAUCGACUCGCCGAUUUGGAUCUCUCUUUCAACAGAAUUUCGGGGCCCAUUCCGGCGAGUCUCGGGAAAAUGGCGGUUCUGGCCACCUUAAACCUCGACGGAAACCUGAUUUCGGGGACCAUUCCGCCGACAUUGAUCAACUCGUCCAUUAGCAUUCUGAACUUGAGCAGAAACGCGAUCGAAGGGACGAUACCCGACGUUUUCGGGUUGAAAUCGUACUUUAUGGAGAUAGAUUUGGCGCAUAAUCUGCUAAAGGGUCCAAUUCCGAAGUCAAUCACGUCGGCGGCGUACAUCGGCCACCUCGACGUGAGCCACAACCACCUGUGCGGGCCGAUCCCGGAGGGGGAGCCGUUCGUCCAUCUCGAAGCGUCGUCGUUUGUUUUCAACGAUUGCCUGUGUGGGCGACCGUUGAGAGCUUGUUAAGCGAUGGUUUUCGACUUCGAUGGAGUUUAAUUUAGAUGAUGAUCCAUAUAUUAAUACUAUAUAUGCUUAAUUUCUUUUGUAAUAUAUAGUAUUCUUCUUCUUCUUCUUCUUCUUCUUAUUACUAUUAUAUUAUAUGUAACAGCAACUCAACGUGUUGGUAAUAUAAGAGAUCAUUAUAACCAA